GAGUCAUUCAAUUGGAGCGAAUCAUUUUGCGAACUGCCUGUUACUCAAGGCAGCCUCAAAUACUUGGCAAAGCCAACGUUUGAGCUCCUCGUUGGACAAUAAUCUCUGAAGUUUUGAAGUGAACUCAUAAACCGGUUGCUGUUGCUAUGGAGGAGGUGACACGGCUGGUAUCAUCAGGGGACUGUGUGAAGAUAUGGGAUUCCGCCUCUAUGACCGUGUUGGAACAGUUCAACCCACAUAGCGCCACACACCCUGUUGCCCAGGUGUGCUGGAGUAGCAAUAAUCAGUACCUUGUCAGUGCCAGCAGCCUGGGAGAUAAACUGGUGGUAUCAAGCCUCAAGAGCUCUGCUGUCCCAGUCUUAGAACUCGGAGAAGGGAAAAAGCAGACCCGUGUGAGCCUGAACUCCUCCUCUCUGUACCUGGUCAGUGGAGGUCUGGAUAACUCGGUCAACAUCUGGGAUCUGAAGACUAACAGGCUCCAUCGUAACCUCAUGGAUCAUAAGGAGGAAGUGACAUCCGUCACUUUCAACGGCAGUGACAGUUACGUAGCUUCUGGCUCCACUAGUGGUGACAUCAUUCUGCACAGUGUCACCACCAACCUGUCCAGCAAGCCUUUUGGCCAUGGCACCAACCAACCCAUCCACGAUCUGAAGUACUCUGUUGUGAAGCGCUCCUUGUUGGGAAGUGUGUCGGACAGUGGCACAGUAGUGCUGUGGGACUCCAACACCCAGAAGGAGUUGCAUGUUUUUGACGGAGCCCACAAGGCCCCAGCCUCUGGCCUGGCUUUCUCCCCCACCAACGACCUGCUGUUUGUCACUGUAGGCCUGGACAAAAAGAUCAUCUGCUAUGACACCUCCAGUAAGAUCAUUCUGAGCAGCAUACGGAUCGAGUCUCCACUGACGGCGAUUGACUUCACGCCAGACGGAACAGGGCUGGUCGUGGGCUCCACGCAGGGCCGCAUCUACCAGUAUGACCUGCGCAACCUCAGUGCUCCCACCAAAACAGCCGCCGCCCACAAGACAUCUGUCACCUGCCUGCGCUUCCAGAGCUCUUACAGUAGGCAUCUCAAGUCAAGCAAAGUAGUUUCCAGCAAGACAUCCAGCAGCAAGAGGAUCUCUGCCAAGUUGGGCAGACUCCAUGGGUCCGCCCCUCCGACCAUCACCGGUGUGACCACACCCACAUCUGCAGCCGCCUCGUCUGUAUUUCCCCCCAACAAUGGAGACAGGGGGGAGGGCCAGGUGCAAGGCACAGGAUCCAGUGUGGAGGGGUUGAGUAGGGAGGCCGAAGGUCACCAAAGUGGUGACCGCCUGCCCAGCAUGGACAAGUUUAGCUCUGUGGGCCGCAACAGCCUGGACAUCUUCUCACCCGUUCGAGAUGACUACAAAGCUCUCGGGAGAGGAGAUGCUCCAGGAGGAAUCAAAGGCAACGGAACCAGUGUGGAUGUGUUCAUGCGAGCGGGAGAGGGGCAGCACAGCACCGAUACGUCCCAGAAAACGGGAAGGAACAGCAUGGACAUCUUCUCCCCCGUCAGGGAUGAUUACAAAGCUCAAGGCAUGAGGACUGAUUCACUGAGUGCAAAAAAAGACUUUGAACUGGAUUCCCAAUCCUCCUAUUCCGGAGGUCCUCCCCUUCGCAAGACCCCUCUGGGCACCACCGGCAGUCGCUGCUACAGCCCCCUGACCGUCUUCCAAACCCCUCCACCAAUCAAGGAGGAGGAGGCCCCUCCCCAGGCAUUGACGCAAAGGUGUGACAAGACCAGUGGUUCCAGUCUGGAGGGGGGAUGUGUGGCCCCCCCUGCAUCAGCAGCAGCACAGACCUCAUAUAGCCAAAAAGUGCCACCCUGUUUCACCCCAGAGCCCAGCCUAAUGCGGGGCAGCGAUCUGCAGGCCCAACUGAGAUAUGACACGCCUGUCAAUGGAACCUCGACCACUAAAGCACCAGACUCUGCUGCGGUGGCGUCCAGUCUGUCCACGCGCAUCACGGACACCAUAGGUGGCGAGGGGGGCGGAGCUCCACUCACAUCCCUGCAGAUCAACUUCAUACGCAACAUGAUCCACGAAACCCUGGAGGACUUCAGGGACACAUGCCACCGAGACAUUGUUAACCUCCAGGUGGAAAUGGUCAGACAGUUCUACAUCCAGCUGAAUGAGAUCCACGGCCUCAUAGAGAAGUACUCGGUCAACGACUCGUUGGUGGAGGAGAUUGAGAAGCUUAAGGAGGAGAACAAGCGACUCAGGGCAAACUACUGACAUACAGGCCUUUACACAACUAAUAUUGUAUGUAAAAUAUGACUUGUCAUUCAUGACAUUUUUAAAAGUCUUCCUGAGAGCUCCAGGUCUGUGUAAAGUAGAUGCAUGCCCCAGUAUGUACUCCGGCCACUGGUGUGACACCAGAUUCACCUCCAUAAGCAGGCAAAUGGAAUCGGCUCUUUGCAUCUCACCAGCCUCCUUUUGUAUGUUGCAUACAAAGGGGUUUAGAGUCAAUUUAUUUGGAAGUGCCUUCACUUGUGAGACAAGGGCUAAGACGUGCUCCAUUUGGUUGGACUGCAUUGCCUAUAUUACCAAAGCAUUAAACAACAUACUUGGUUUCCCUUUGGUCCCAGCAUUGACAAAUGUUUCAGUGGCUUUCGUACAGGGCCGCUAACAACUCAGAGACCAAGAGUGAAUAAAAUAUGGCAGGUAAUGCUUUGGUCUAUUUUAACCCAAGUUAUGCAUACUUUCACAUCCAACAUAGGAAGCUGUUCUGAAUCCCGUAAAGUAUAUGGCAUACAGUCCACCGUAGUGAUUCUAAAUAUACAUCUUUAAGACUUGAGAUCUGAGAAAUUACCUCGUAGAGACCUUGUUCUUAUUAGUUAAGCUGAACUGCAGCUAAUGCCUAGACAUUGGUUGAGUUUAAGAAACAUUACAGAACCGAAGUGAAAAAGUUGUGCUUGUGGAGGAAGACAAUCAUGCCAUGUGGGUCAUUCUUUUUUAGUGAUCAGAGAUGCCAAGAAAACAAAGAAAAAAAGUGCCUCUAUGAAGUGUGCUUGCCUCAAAGCUUUUGCAUUUCUUUGCAGUGAUGUAUUGUUAAAAUAAAUAUUAGUUAUGCACUUCA